GUGCCAGCUAUGGCAAACUGUAAGACGCUUCAAGUUAUGUGAAGAUCCACUACAGAUGAGCGCGCUAGCUCAAGCCAGGACGUGAACAAUUCAAGGUGACGACCGCGCGAUAGCGAGUUUCCUACGACAUGGAUUUCAGAGGAUUUGUGAAAGUCCUACUUAUCUUCUUUCAGAUCCACUCCAAGGGAUUCGGCUACGGGAUACUCAAGACUAGUAUACCAUUCGAAGACCCGGUUAUCAACUCCAACACAGUAUGCAAAAACACGCCAUCACUGAGCAAAGAGCAGCUGAAGAUGUGCAGGCGACUCCCAGAUGUAGUAGCUAGCGCACUACAAGGCAUGCAGUAUGCCAUUCACGAGUGCCUGGCGCAGUUUCGCUACCGACGGUGGAACUGCUCUUCUUUGGAAAUGAAAAACAGAAACCCUCUGGCAAACCCUUUGCUCUCUCGCGGGUUCCGUGAGACAGCGUUCGUGCACGCUAUCCUCUCCGCGGGAAUGACCAGCUCUGUGGCGCGAGCCUGCAGUAUGGGCAAGCUCGCCAAAUGCGGUUGCGACGAGUCCCUGAGGGGGAGAGGGACGGGCUGGGAGUGGGGUGGCUGUGGCGAUAAUAUUGACUACGGCAUUGAAACGUCUGCCAAAUUUUUGGACUCGCGCGAGAAAGGACGAGAUUUACACUCCAUGAUGAACAUGCACAAUAACAUGGUCGGAAGAACGACCUUGAGUGAAAACGCUAAAACAAAAUGCAAGUGUCACGGGAUGUGCGGAUCGUGCAGCGUAAAAACGUGCUGGAAGACUGUGCCCGACAUCCGGGAGAUUGGCGACCGUUUGAUGGAAAAGUAUGAUCACGCGACUACUAUAGGGAUGGGGAACGGACGGCUUCGACUUCAUUUGACGCGCCGCAAAGCACGUCGGUCCAGUGUGGGUAGGGCGCUUGUCUACUACGAGGAUUCCCCAAAUUACUGCAUUGAGAAUAAGGAACUGGGGAUUUUCGGUACACGUGGCAGGAUUUGUUCACCGGAAUCCUUGGACACGGACAAUUGCCAAAAUCUGUGCUGCGAGCGGGGUUACACCACUAAGAAGCUGCAAGUAACCAAACGAUGUCGCUGUCACUUCAGCUGGUGUUGCUAUUUGAUUUGCGACACUUGCAGAGAGACUUCCACUGUUAGUAUCUGCAGUUAAGCUGCCAACCCAAAGCGGAAAAGAAGUGUUAUCUACUGGCUGGGGUGGCACUACAUCAAGAUGUAAACGCGCCUAUGAAGGGAAUAAACGCAUCGCAUGCAAUAGCAUAAGUAAUAGGUUCGAGUGUUAAAAGAUGCGAGAGACAUUCUUUUUUAAAUUGACGUUGGUAUCGAAAGUUUUUGUUUGCGUUAUCUCAAACAGCAAACACAACAUACGUGUGCGCAAGGCUUGAGUGUAUUCAGUUAACGUGGCCGUUACAGAGCGAUACGCAAGAUUUUGAUGGUCUAUUUGACAGAUUAUUGAUCGCAAAAUAAUUUGGUUUGCUCCUGACACUGCUUGUUUAUAAUGCGUGUAAAUGACUGAUGUGUUAUCAAAGGAACAUAAAAACAGAGUCACUCUGUUUAAAGUUUA